GGAAAGACGACGAUGUGCGACGAAGAAAAGAACGAUACAUCAGCAUAUCUGACAUCAUUAAGCAAAGUCAAGAAAGAUAGAAAGAAUGAGAUCACUCGUAUAGAUUUCAAAUAUUGGAGCCGAAACCGAAUUGAUUGAUCAAUUGAUCGACCAAUUGUACGUUGAUUAAAAUGAACGGAAACGGAAUAAAAAACCAUAAUAAGAAUAAUAAUAAGAAUAAUCUUAACAAUAAUAAUUGGUGUCAGCUGACAUUGAUUCUUGCGGCUUUAUUAUUUUCCGUUGCAACUGCUGAAAAGCAAAAACGUCAAAUCUUUAGGGAACAGGUGUUACCGGCUCUUGGUGGGAAAAUACCUGAGGAAGCAUUCAGGACUGAUCGUUUGGCACUAAAUCGGUUGAACAAGGAAGGCAUUUCGAUACCGGAUGGCGUUGUACUCGACGCUAGACACAUUCACAAACAUCCACAUACUUCGCAACAUAUGCCUAAAAUUAUCAAAGUAUAUCUGACUCCUGAUGGUCGAUACGUUUCACCCGAAGGUCGAACGCACUAUGAUCGUCCGAAAGCCGUGGACACAACUUAUAUUAUUCGAACGCCUUUCGGAAAACAUGACAAGCCAACGAAUAACUUUGGAAAUUACAAACAUCAUCGAGGACACAAUAAACAACAAGAACCGUAUCCUAAUCACAGACAACAAUUCGUGCCGUUAAUUCCACCUAUCAAGCCUGGUGUUUACAAACCAAUAGUGAAACAAUUAAUGUUACCAGCGAAUCCUAAUUUCUUGAAUCGACCAUACUUGCCUAGUUGGGAUCUUGAAUAUGAUUGGGAUACUAUUUAUCAACCCUUCAACAAUUAUUAUGUCGAUAAUAUUGCUCUGUUUAAUUCUCAUCAGAUUCUAACGGAUUAUCAAGGAUUUCUCGACGAAUUUCAUGGAAGAUCUUUGAGACACGUUAGCAGCAAAUCCAAUGAUAAAAACAAUGACAACGACGCAGAUCGGUACAAAUACAAUUCAAAAAAUACUCGUACGAAUAAUCAUUCCAGUGGUUAUCGUAAUAUUGGACCAAUUACAUCUAACAUUAGUUACACGAAUCUCACACAAAUUCCAGAAACUGGAUUUUCUUGUCGCGGAAGGAAGGGUAUGUUUGCCGAUAUAGAAACCAAGUGUCAAGUGUUUCAUAAUUGUUCGGGUUGGUCAAGAACGUCUUCUCUAUGUCCUGUUGGAACGGCCUUCAGCAAGGAAAAAAACCGAUGCGAGUGGUGGAACACCGUUCAAUGUAGAGAACGACGGGUUGAUUGAAAAUAACGAUUGUUGUAGUCGAUAGAACGAACGAACGAUCGAAUCGACUGUCAGAAGUUUUCUACAUCCUUCGUUGGAUACAAAAUUAUACUAAAUUAUCCAAGUAUUCUUAACGAUCUUCAUUAGUCAUUCUAAUAUAAGAAUUUGUAAUAGAUAUCAAUGUGUUGGAUUAAUGAGAUACAAUAUUAUUCAAAUGUAAGCACAAAUAAUUGAUCUAACCAGUCUUACUCGUUAAGGAAAG